AUGAUGGAAAAAAUAGGAGCUCCUCAAACUCAUCUCGGUUUGAAAGCGAUGAUUAAAGAAGUCGACGAAGAUGAUGACGGGAGGAUAAGUUUUCGAGAAUUUUUACUCAUUUAUAGAAAAGCGGAAGCGGGAGAAUUGACGGAAGAAAGCGGUUUGUGUCAAUUGGCAAAAUUAACGGAAAUAAACGUGGACGAAGUCGGAGUGAACGGAGCGAAAAAUUUUUUCGAAGCCAAGAUAGAAGAAGUUAACAGGCGUAAUAAAUUCGAAGAAGAAAUAAGAGCGGAACAAAACGAAAGGAAAAAAAUAGAAGAGGAAAAAGCACAAAGGAGACUCGUUUUUAAAGAAAGAGCCGCCAAAUUUCAAUGCGCUUAA